UCGCGAACGAUUGGAAUAGAAGAAUCGAUACGACAUCAUGUGGAGGUAUCGAACUGCCAGACUUUUCGCCAUUCUGGCCCUCCUCUGCGUUCAUGCACAAGCUACGGACAGCAGAGAGAAACGCAGCCCUCAUGGAUACGAAUCAGCAUUUGGCGGAACGAGCAGCUUCAUUAAAUCUCUCGCGAAUCCUACCCUAGGUGGUUUAGGCGGUGGGUUAGGCGGUGGGUUAGGCGGUGGAUUCGGAGGAGGAUUUGGUGGAGGUGGUGGCGGUGGCGGUGGCGGUGGCGGACCUGGAGCUGGCAGUGGAGCAGGAUCAGGUGCUGGAAGAGGCGCCGGAGGAUACGGUGGUUCCGGAGCUGGAGGCGGUGCCGGAGGAUACGGUGGUUCCGGAGCUGGAGGCGGUGCCGGAGGAUACGGUGGUUCUGGAGCUGGAGGCGGUGCCGGAGGAUACGGUGGUUCUGGAGCUGGAGGCGGUGCCGGAGGAUACGGUGGUUCCGGAGCUGGAGGCGGACUUGGAGCUGGCAGUGGAGCAGGGUCAGGUGCCGGAGCUGGAGGCGGCACCGGAGGAUACAGUGGUUCCGGAGCUGGAGGAUAUGGCGGAAGUGGCGGCCGUUACGGAAGCGGUGCCGGUGGAUACGGAGGUGCUGGAGCUGGUGGCGGUGCCGGAGGAUACGGAGGUGCUGGAGCUGGUGGCGGUGCCGGAGGAUACGGAGGUGCUGGAGCUGGGGGCGGUGCCGGAGGAUACGGAGGUGCUGGAGCUGGAGGCGGCGCUGGAGGAUACGGAGGUGGUGCCGGAGGAUACAAAGGUGCUGGAGCUGGAGGCAGCGCCGGAGGAUAUGGUGGUUCCGGAGCUGGAGGAUAUGGUGGUUCCGGAGCUGGAGGACAUGGUGGAAGUGGCGGCGGUGGUGGUUGUGGACCCGGCGGCUGCGGAAGCGCUGGAGGAUCGGGAGGAUAUGGAGGCACAGAAGGUGGCGGAGCUGGAAGCAGUGGCUGUAGCUCAGGAAGAUGUUACGGAGGAGCAACUGCGAAUGCUCACGCUAGUGCGAGCGCCAGCGCUAACGCUCACGCAAACGCUUUAGCUAGCGCAAGCGCAUCUGCAAAUGCUAAUGCAAAUGCUGGCGCAGGAGGCUUAGGAGGAGGAUACCCAGGAUUUGGCGGUGGUCAUGGAAUGGAUAUCUUCAACCGUAUGGGCGACCUAGACGAGGGAGUGGAUAAGAGCGGAAGCGUGGGCAAUGCCAAAGGAGUCUACAGCAGCAGUUCGGCCAACCUCGAUUCUUCCGGGAAGGGGACGUACAAAGUCGCGGCUGGAAAGAUCCAUUAAAUCAGUCCACUAAGAGAAACUCUAAACUACCGAUAUUCGGAAGAUCGUUCAUCUUAAAGUAAAGUCAGAAUUUUAUCUGUGAUGAACACGACUCAGAGGUCUCGUGUGUAGGCCUCGAUGUUUCCCAACAGUUCACGAAUUGUUUUUCUUGCUAUACACACCUAGUCCUCUUUAUUCCCGUGGUGAAUGAAAUGCACGAGGCCUCAGACCUCUCUUUAAAAGAGCAGCUUCAUCAUAUAACACUGUACAGUUCAAAUAAACGAUUGAUUCCUACGUA